CCACGAGUGACUGCAGUUAAAUCUAUCUCCUUAUGCGGUUAUAUUAAUUUUCAGAUUCAAGUCCAUCUAUCUCCUGUUUAUUCGACGAAAGAAUUUUGCGAUCUUGCCUUGUUGUUCUUACCUAUCAGAAUGAGCACUGAAGAACACAAAAAAUACGGUGCUGCUCUAUGGUUUGAUACUAUGUGGAAAAUGUAUGAGGUGGUAGAAAUGGGGGAUAAAUGGGGAUCAGAAUUACCAAACCUUUUUGCUACACUUGCUUACAACAAUCCAGACUUCAUGGACUGGUCACCAAUUUACGACACAGUUUUCACGCGAUCGAUUAGAGCAAUGGGCUUGAGUAUCCGUGAAGGCAAGACACCGGUGAGUUCUACUGCCUCUACCGCCAACACUUGA